AUGCAUUACCAAAAAGAAAUAGUAAAAUGGAUUGAACGGAAAAGCAAACUUAAGAAGGGGAAGCGCAGCGGUAGGUACGCGUUGCUUCGCUUCAAAGAGGCAGUUAGGGAAUCCCUUUUUGGGGAACUCCUCUGUAAGGUCGGUUUGGAUGGAGGGGUCACCAUCCCCCCUGGACAGAAGUUAAUCGGUGCCACUGCACAUGGAACCGUUGAUGGGUCGCCCGAUUUUCUGGGUCCACGUAGAGACUUUCCAGUGAAGUGCUUACCAAAAGUGCACCUGCUAAAGAGAACCAUACAAAACUUCUACAACGUGCGUCACCUGCUCGGGCGCAACGACCCAGUCUAUGCGGAUCUGGCGUGGGUCUUCUCGCAGGAAUUACAAGGAAGGGAAGAAGAAACACUUCACCGUCUCGAGGAAGACAAACCAAAUACAUCACCUUCCUGUGAGCAUGUCCAGCGGGGUAACAAAUACAGGAUGGAUAUAGUAGACCUAAUGCACCUCUUCAUCUUCUACACUUCCAUUGAAUGGCACCGAUACAAUUUUUUAAUUAUAAUUUUAAGGUGCAUUAUCAGGACGGGAAGCAUGGCCAACACGAACCAGGAGACGUGUGUGAAGUUCCUAAAGUCGUGUGUUAAUUUGAGAAUAGAAAUAAUGAGAAUUUUGAAGGCACAAAAAGGGGGAUCCAUUUUUAAGCUACAAAAGGAUGCCACCCAUUGGGGUAAGAUUGCCCAUGUUAGGUUAAUACGAAACGGAGUUCCUUCUAUUCGUGUUCCACCUUGUCAUGUGAGACGACUCAGUGGGAGGAAUUCACCAAAGGGACUGCACAAUAAGAUCACGUUAUCGAGGAAGGGGAAAAACGCACUCAGAUCACUAACCCCAUGUGGGAGGAAAAACCACCACUUUCAGAACAGGUACUCCAAAUGGAUGAGAAGAAAACUCAAGUUACAAAUGGAGGUUUGCAAUAGGUUGAUGGAGGAAUGUGUUUACCUCCUUUUAGGAAGAGGGGGACAGCCGAACGAUGGAUACCUGAAGUACGUAAAGGAAUUACGUCGAGGGGGACUCUACCUAAACGGCAGUUACUCGUCAAAGUCGUUUACAGCCCAACUGGCGGAUUACGUAAAUGCGAAAUGUGAGUGUCUCCCACCGGAUGAGCUCCUAACGGCGGUGGACUACUUAACAAACGCGAGAAAUGAAACGAAAAGGGACAGACAGGUAGAUCCCAAAGUUGGGACAAUCAAACUGACCAGAGCAAUAACCCAAUUAAGUCAACACCUAUGCACUGCUAUUCAAAGAAAGACGAAUGAAUACACCGUGGGGGAAGUUUGCAAAGUCUUAUCCCUAUGCGCCAGGAACAAACAUUACGAUGAGAAUCUCCUGAAUGGGAUCACCACAUAUGUUGUGGAAAAUUUAGACCAAGUCAGCUCCAGAAGGUUAACCCGAUUGGCCAUAAAUAUACAUGACAAGCUGGGCUACACAGGGAAUGGAUUCCUGUUGGAGAUUUUCAAUCGGUACAGGCCGCCUCGUCGGAGGGGCGCAUCUCGGGGGGAUACCCGUUGGGGAAGGACUCAAAAACGGUCCAAGGGUAAAAUGCACACGAUACCGCAGGAGGGGAAUGCCAAACCUGAACCUGAACCCGAAGCGGUUCCCCGCAGAAACUUCCAAAGUGUAAAAAUCAGCCAACUCCUGCGGUUCCUGAAUUUACUCGUCAAAAACGACAUCCACCUGGAUGAGGAGUGGGCACACUACUUCCUCUCCUUGGUCAAAAGAAAAUUCACGCAUAUCAGCAGAGGGGACUUCCCCCUCCUUUGCUACGCAAUGCUGCACAUCCAGUCGGGGAAGAUCAUCCCCACAUUCUUCAACCCAUCCAGUAGAGGAAUGACCCAAGUGGACAAAACCUGGGACACGAGUUAA